UCGCGACGGAGCGCGGUCAACGGACGCGCCUCUCGGGACCGCGCACGCCGCGGCUGUAUUUAAUCGGGGGCGCGGACGUGCGCGUCCCCGCGGAGUCUUUGUGAGGCGGCGUAGAGAAGCGCAAAUACAGUAACCAUGGCCGACGAGAAACCCAAGGAGGGGGUGAAGACAGAGAACAACGACCACAUCAAUCUCAAGGUGGCGGGACAGGACGGGUCAGUGGUCCAGUUUAAAAUCAAGAGACACACACCCCUCAGCAAGCUCAUGAAGGCCUACUGUGAGAGACAGGGAUUGACGAUGAGGCAGAUUCGAUUCCGGUUUGACGGACAGCCGAUUAACGAGACAGACACGCCCGCACAGUUGGAAAUGGAGGAUGAAGACACAAUUGACGUUUUCCAGCAACAGACAGGAGGACACGUCUGAAUCGGACGACUCCAGCGACACAGACCCAUCUCUCUCCACCUCUCUCUCUCUCUCUCUCUCUCUCUCUCACUGGUUCUCACAGACCUCUCUCCUCAUGGUUAUCUGUAACUGCUGUUGUAUAGUGUUUUCAGUUCAUCAUGUUUUACUCUCGUUUUGUACAUAAAGGGUUUCUGCUACAGUAAUUAUUGCAUUGGGAUUGUUAAUUGCCGUAAAAUCUGACAUGUUAUGUU